UUUUGUGGUGCUACUUUCCAUCACCUUAACCCCAACUUGCUAAGUGGCACUCAGCUAGAAUAAUGUAAAUUUAGGUUAAUUCAAUCAUUCAAAACUACCAAAGACGUGUCAGUUUUCUAAACCAAUAUAUUUCUUCGCAGCAGUGACUUUUAUUUACGUUUUUUGGUCGGUGUGGUUAGGUUUUAGCACGAUGCUAACCGGUUAGCCCGGGGUUUCCGCGUCAGCUCGCCGGAGGCUGUUCUCUUGUUUCGCGCAUUUCAAGGUUCUCCGACAUUUUAACGGUUAAACUGGUUUACUGGCGUCACAUUGUCACUUUACCGGCGUGAAAUACGGUAUAAACUUUAAUCACGAGUAUUUAAAAUGAAGAUUGCGGGGUAUCUCGUAAACGGGCGGUUUUCUUCUAACGCUGCCCUUUUGUUUUGACAAAGGAAGGGAGCUGAAUUUCUGUCCUCUUAUUUUCUCCUCAUCACCUCAGAUCAGGUGGUGGGGCAGCUGUCUUGGUUGUUUCUUUUAGUUUUGAUAAUGGCUCCUCAGAAGCAUAGCUCCUUAGGUGGAGGCCAUGUGGGUUUUGGUUCUGGAGGAAAAACCAACGGGUUGUACCAGCAGUCCUCCGCUACCAAGAAGCCCAACACGCAACUUCUGCAGGCCGACCACGAGUUGUUCCUGCAGGCCUUCGAGAAGCCAACACAAAUCUACAGAUUCCUCCGCACAAGGAAUUUAAUCGCUCCUAUAUUCUUGCACAGAACGUUGACGUAUAUGUCCCACAGAAACUCUAGGAGUAACUUCAGAAGGAAAACCUUCAAGGCAGACGACCUGUUGUUUAAAGUGGACAAAAUGAGAGGGGAGCAGGAGACGCUCAGCUUGGCCUCUAAUCUGCAGCUCACAUUUACUGGCUUCUUUCACAAGGCUGGAAAACCAUCUCAGGACAGUGAGAAUGAGCAGCACUCUGUUUCUCUAGAGGUUCUACUGGUCAAAGUCUGCCACAAGAAGAGGAAGGACAUCAGCUGUCCAGUGAAACAGAUCCCGACGGGCAAGAAGCAGGUUCCUCUGAACCCAGACACCAGCGCGGGAGUCCAGGCCAAGCCCGGCUCCCUCCCAUCUCUGCUGGUUCCCAGCAGCGAGUUUGAGCCCAGCAACUCCCACAUGGUCAAGUCCUACUCAUUACUCUUCAGGGUGUGGCGGCCUGGAUGCCCUCGACCACAAAUCAACGGUUUAACAAACGGAGAGAACCACCAGAUCAGAGAAUUUUCAGAUGAAGCCGUCAACAGGAAGAGGAGGAGCUCUGCUCUGAGGGAGGAGGGAGAAAUCAUGUUUGUGGCUCAGAUGACAGUGUUUGAUAAAAACAGACGUCUGCAGCUGCUGGAUGGAGACUACGAAGUGUCCAUGCAGGAGAUGGAGGAGUGUCCUGUUAGUAAGAAGAGGGCGACGUGGGAGACCAUCCUGGAUGGAAAGCGUUUGCCUCCAUUUGAGAGUUUCUCUCAGGGACCGACCCUGCAGUUCACUUUACGUUGGACCAGCGACCCGACUGAUUGCUCCACUGCUCCUGUGGCCAAACCUUUAGCCACCCGCAACUCUGAGACCAAUCAGGAUGCCAGAUCAAGCACGAUGAGAGCCACACACACUCAGGCCAUCAAAGAAUCCAUGAAUGCUCACUUGGAAACCAGGAGGGAGCAGAUCUUGUCAGAACCUCGGCAGAAACUACAGAUCUUCUACCAGUUCCAGUACAACAACAACACGAGGCAGCAGACGGAGGCCAGAGACGACCUCCACUGCCCCUGGUGUACGCUCAACUGCAGGAAGCUGUACAGUCUGCUCAAACACCUCAAGCUGUCCCACUCACGCUUCAUCUUCAACUACGUGCCCCAUCCUAAAGGAGCGAAGGUGGAGGUCUCCAUCAAUGACUGUUAUGACGGUUCCUACGCCGGAAACCCCCAGGACAUCCACAACCAGCCGGGCUUCGCCUUCAGCAGGAAUGGACCUGUCAAGAGGACUGCGGUCACCCAUGUCCUGGUCUGCAGACCCAAGAGAACAAAGCCCAGCCUGUCUGAGUUCCUGGAGCUGGAGGACAGCGACAGGGAGCAGCACCAGAGGACCUACAUCAGUGGUCACAACCGUCUGUACUUCCACAGCGACUGCUGCUGGCCAAUGAGGCCCCAGGAGAUGGAGGUGGACAGCGAGGACGAGAGGGACCCUGACUGGCUCAAAGAGAAGACGGCGAAGCAAAUCGAAGAGUUCACUGACGUAAACGAGGGGGAGAAGGAAAUCAUGAAGCUGUGGAACCUGCAUGUCAUGAAGCAUGGUUUCAUUGCCGAUAACCAGAUGAACGAGGCCUGCCUCCUGUUUGCUGAAAACAACGCCGCUGCCAUCGUGGAGCAAAACCUGCAACGCAACUUCCUGCUGCACCUGAUCAGCAUGCACGACUUCAACCUGAUUAGCACACGGACCAUUGACAAGGCCAUGGCCCGCCUCCUGCAGAGGCAGGCUGCUAAAAGAGAUGAGGAGGAGGAAGAGGAGGAGGAAGACUGGGAGACAGCCACGGAGUCCCAGCCGGAGCCAGAUCCUGAGCCAGAUGCAUCUGAAUUUAAAACCUGUGGCGGUGAGACCAGGAGCAGCAGCCAGAACAAUCAGGAGGAGGAGGUAGAAAAAUCCAAGCAGAAACUCUCCAGCUCGGUUCUGAAGUGACUUUUCUGUCACAGAACUCAAAAACUGGACCAAAGGUCAGAUGAUAUGAGGCAACACGCAGGUUUAAAACGACACACCUCUCAGCAGGGAUGAACUCUAAUCAGAUGUGGUUUCUGUUUCAGUGAGCGUUAAGAACACCUGAAGCUCCGUGUCUUCGUCUCCAGAUUGUUGAAACCUUCUCGGUGUUUUUAGCUCUGAAACUUAAGGUGCUACGAGUUCACCUGUAGUGAGAACACAUCCGUUUCUACCUAAAUCUGCUGAAACAUCAGUGAAACAGUUUCUGCUGCUCCACAAACCCCUUCAGCUGCAGAGCUUUACUUGAAUCAGACACAUUCAGCUUUUUAGUGGUUCAUUUUGGAUAAAUUCUGUUAACAAGUACUAUUUUAUUCUUUUUUUUCCCAGAUCAGUUAACAGUUCUGCUAAAAAAAACACACAUGUUCUUUCUCAGGCCUGCUCAGCUCCUCUAAAGCUGCUCCCGCUAGAACAGAACAGGCUCACCUGCUUGUAUAUGUGAGGGAGAACGUCAUGUGCAGGAGGUGAAAACCAAUGUUCUUAGACUCCUGCUGCUUCCUGCUCUUUUAAAACAGAUCAGUGAAGUAAUUCUGCUAAUUUAUAGAGUUAACCUGCAACAUAAUGAAGUUUGUUGACAUCUUUGUUUCCCAGUGACUGGAGGGUAAUUGGUUAUCAUUGUUGUUCAGUUUGGAUCCAUGGUUGGUAUCGGAUCACCAGGCACCUCCGCUGAGCCUCUUUUCAAAUGUUAGUUUUUCCAGAAAACUUAAAGAAAUCCUGGAUUUCUUCAGUUUGUGUUGAUCAGUUCAUUCUUCUCCAGUUUCUGAUGCAUCAGGUUUUUGCUCUUAUGGUGCUAAACUGUACUGAUUCCUCGGAUCCAUGCUGGUGUUAGUCAGUAGUGAUGCUCACCGCCAGCGCUUCAAGCACCGAGGCCAUUUAUUUCACAGAAAGCUACUUAUUAUGUGAGCCUCAUGUCCAGGUUCUGAUUUCAAUUUAAUCUGAAAAGUUGUGGUUUUUGUUUCACAGCAUGAGCAGAGUGCUCUUUGGGUUUGUUCUCAGAUGCUGACCUGAUGUUUUCCAUGUUUUACCAACCAUCCGAUUACCCAGGGAGCAACUUUUCUAGUCCGUGUGGCUAAAUGAGGGCCUGUGUGUUGUUUCAGUGACCAGAUGCACAUUAGACUCAUUAUGUGUUAGUCUGGGAACAACAUCGAGCACCGUGUGAAAGGUUUUUAGUUUUAGUUACAGGCCAAAGUUUUGUUUGGAGACUGGGACUUUGUCUCUGCACCGUCUGACCCAAAGUGUCCUCAGCCUCCAGGUGUGAGGUUUGACAGUCUGAUGCUGCAGCUGGACCGGAUGGCGGUGAGUCUGUGGGUUUAAGCAGGGCCGUUGUGGAUUCUAAGGGUCAUUCUGUUUCUGCAGCAUUUUGCACAAAUUGGGUGGAGCCAUGUCAAGAAAACAGGAUGUAAACCAGCUGGAACAUCUUUACUGUUGAGUCAAAGUUUUUCUUUUUCUAUUAAAAAUAACUGUUUUGUAAUACUGCAAA